AUGUUAGGACAAAACGCACCCUAUAGCAAGAAGUACCGAGCUCAAUUCCGAAGGCUUCUCUCGAAUUCCGAGGAAAAUGUGAUACCUCUAUCAGAGAUCCCAACAAGAGUUCAAGAUGCCAAAAUUCCAUUAAGUGAGCAGCAGAUAUGUGCUCUUAUGGAGUCUCCCAGUGAGACAAUAGAUGUGGAUUGCUUUCAAAAAAUUAUCACUUCCAAAAAAGCGCAACCAUCAAUGUACAAACGUGCAUUGUACACAAUUGCCGAUUCUGUCGUCGCCGAAUCCCAAAAAGUCGAAGUCCAUUCCUACAUAGAUGCUUAUACGUGCUUCCCGCCUCCGAUUUUCAUAAUUUCUGUUAGCAUUAUUCAGAUUGCCAUUUUUUUCUACUAUCAUACAACGCAAUAUUCGCCAAAAUACCCAAUUACUAGCGAUUGCGCCGGCUGUUAUAUUAAUCACAAUAAUUCCGCGCCAGGACCUCUUUUAUUCACACCAACGUUGAGACAUGAAGUCUGGCGCUUCUUAUCAUAUAUGUUUUUGCACAAUGGAAUUACUCACCUUAUUACCAACGUAGUUGUUCAAUUGGCUGUCGGAAUUUCCCUGGAAGUUGCUCACAAGUUGUGGCGAAUCGCUCCAUUGUACUUAUUCGCCGUCGCCACAGGAUGCUUGUUACAAUAUGCUUUCAAUCCUUCGGUGGCGCUGGUUGGAGCAUCGGCGGGUGUCUAUGCUCUAGUAUUUGCGCACGUUUCCAAUGUUAUAUUGAAUUGGAAAGAAAUGCCAUUCCGAUGGCUUCGUUUCGGUAUUCUUUUCGUAUUUAUUUUCUGGGAUAUUGUGCCAACCUUAUAUCGAAAAUUCGUUGAGAAAACAUGCGAUUCGAUAUCCCACGCGGGUCAUUUUGGAGGCGGAGUUACUGGUUUCUUAUUUGGCUAUUUCAUACUUUAUAAUGUUGUUGUUCAUAAAUGGGAAUUGAUUUUACAAUGGAUUAGCGUCGCCGUCUAUUCCGCAGUUUUUCUCAUCUGUGUAUUUCUGGCAAUCUACCGCGAGCCCAACUCCGAAGAAAUAUGGAAGAAUCCCAACUGCGAAUACCGAACCUAA